AUGUCGAUGAAUUCCGAGCCUAGCAGUGUCUUUGCGAACGUAGGUGAUACGGCCGGCAAAACGUACAUGUUGCAUUUUUUACCUAACUUCAUAGUGGCAUUUAAUACGGUGUCAGUGAUACUCAACUGUAGCGUCAUCCUCAAGGCCGUUUAUCAUUAUGACGAAACGUCCAACGCGACGCGGCCGUAUCUCAUGAUGAUGCAUCUUCCAUUCGUCCAUAAUCAACCCGUGUAUCUAAUCGUGAUAUUACUGCAAUUUUCUUAUCUGUUGGUCCUCACCGCCGCGGCCACCACCAUUAAUUCGGUUCUUAUUAUUUUAGUGCAGUACUUAAGCGGCCAGAUCGAUGUCAUUUGUAAAUCCUUGAUGCAGAUGUCGCAGAGACAGAACGAACGCAUGGCGAACGUAACGAUGGUGAAGGAGAUAAUUAGGAAACAUCAGAAUGUCAUUACCUUCUCGGAAAAUAUCGAGUCAUUGUACACAUACAUCGCACUGAUAUUACUCCUGCUCAAUACCUUAAUCAUCUGCGGUUUGGGUUUCAUACUCGUCACAUCCAUGGGAUCGCCUAAUUCCACUAAGAUGUUGAUAAAAAAUCUCUUGUUUUAUUGCGCAAUUAACAUGGAGACCUUCGUGUUUUGCUUCGCCGGGGAAUAUAUUAGCGCCAAGAGCAAAGAAAUCGGCGAGGCUGCGUACAGUUCGCCCUGGUAUCAAUCCAAGUUUCACGGUAGCGCCGUUUUAUUUUUGAUAAUGAGAUCGCAGAAUCAGUUGACGAUCACAAUGGGAAAGUUCUUGGAUCUUUCGCUGGAACGAUUCUCAACUAUUGUAAAAGCUUCAGCAUCCUAUUUGUCGGUCUUGCUGGCGUUGUAUUGA